AUGAUGAACAAGUUCAUGGAAAGGAAGGUAAAGAACCUUACUGGGACACUUAAGUUCACAUCAGCUGUGAAACUCAAUUCCGAUGCAACUUGUAUCAAUGUGUUACCUUUUAGAGAUUUUGAAGGUUCGAGCAAGUACUUUGUUAUUUGUGAUUCUAGAGGAAGGGUUUAUGUGUUCUUGAGAAAUGGUGAUGUUUUGAUUGAGUUUUUCACCACGGUUGAUUUUCCCGUUACAGCUAUGGUUUUAAGCGGGAAGCUCACAGUGUUGACUGAGAACAGAACGGUUUAUGGCUCGAGUGUUGACAUCUCACAGAAGGGCCUUGCCCGUGCUGCUAAGAUGCUACGUUUGAAAUUAAACAAGGGACCUUGCAACCUCAAAUCUACUACACUCUAUGAUGGCUCCAUCCUCGAGUUUGAUUCUAGGCUGCAAGACAUUGACGUCGGCACUUGCUUAGAGGUCAUUGAACACAUGGAGGAAGAUCAAGCCUGUCAAUUUGGGAAAACAGUUCUAACCUUGUUCCGCCCGAAACUUCUGAUUAUCUCCACACCAAACUACGAGUGCAACAAAAUUCUACAUAAGCGUGCUCCAGACAACUCAGAAAAGAAAUCCAUUUCACAGCCACUCCAGUUCAGGAACCAUGACCACAAGUUCGAAUGGACAAGGAAACAGUUUAACCAGUGGGCAACUAAGCUCGCCAAAGGCUACCACUACAGCGUCGAGUUCAGCGGUGUUGGUGGGUCUGGCAUAAUAGAUCCCGGAUUUGCUUCUCAGAUUGCUAUUUUUAGACGGAAAUCUUUGUCUGCUGUUAAAAGGAAGGACUCGGAAGGCUCGAUGCAGCCUUAUAAAGUCACUUGGGAAUGGACAAGAAGAAAUGGAGACAAAAAAGACUAAUCUUUGGUUUACAAGAGUAUCAUCAACCAGAAUA